GUUAUCAUCUUAUGCUCCCUAUUCUUUCCUGCUCUGCUCUGCUCUGCUCUGCUCUGCUCUGCUCUGCUCUGCCCUAUCUUGAACUCUUGUUUCUCUUUUCAUCUCCACGUUUUCUUGCCAUGCGCACACGAACACGAGCUCUCCUUCUUUCACAUGCUCCGUGCAAAUCGGAAUCGGAAGCGAUGUCGCAGUCGUAGUCGCAAGAAUGAAUCGCGAUCGU